AUGAGGGACAUGCCUAUUGGAGAGGCAACCACGGGUUUCAAGUUUUUUAGUUCAAAACGUUUGAAAAAGUGGGGGAUAUAUUUAGACAAUUUCAACAAAAAUAUUUUGGGACUCCCGCCCAACCCAAAACAAAUUAAACAUGCCCAAAACGAGCGAGUCCCCCGACGUGCGGGCCCCCAGUGGGGGACGCUUGCUCCGGAGGGGGGGCCGUGGAGCGCUAAUGCUGCUGGACGGCGUGGGGGUUCUCCAACAUGCACGUGUCAAAGGGGGAACCUGCAGAUGGAGCGCGUUCCCCUGUCCGCCGGCCGCGCCCAGGUGUGCGGGGCCCUCAAAAGGGGCACCCGAGGCCAGCGGGGGGAGGUCCAGCGGCGCUUCAGCGUGUUCCGGCCCUUCUACAACGGCGUGAUCGCGGCGGCGCUGCCCCUCUUCUUCAUCCUAUUCAUGGGCGCCUGGAGUGACAAGUACGGGCGCAAGGUGCCGCUGGCGGCGGUCCAGCUGGGCCACUGCCUGCACGCGGCCGGCUACCUGCUGGUGGCGCUGGCGCCGUCGUGGCCCCCCGAGGUCCUCCUGCUGGUGACGCUGCUGGACACUCUGGGGGGCGGCGCCGUGUCCUUCCUGACAACCGCCAACGCCUACGUGGGCGACGUGUCGAGCGAGGAGGCGCGCACGUCGAGGGUCGGCCUGGCCAACAGCCUGUGGUUCCUGGGCGGCCCCAUCGGCACGCUGAUGGGCACUUACAUUUACUCGUACGGCGGCUACCUGUCCCUGUUCGCGACGUCUCUGGCGCUGUCGGCGCUGGCGGCGACCUACGUGAUCGCGUUCCUGCCGGAGAGCCACGGGCCCUUCGUCAGGCGGCCCGCGGCGCAGAGUCCCCCGCAGAAGGAGCUGGAGGCGACGGAGAGCGAGGCGGACGGGCGGCAGGCGAGGCCCGCCGCCGAGGCACGGGCGACCGCUGCCCAGAUGGCCAGGGACUUCUUCAGCCCCCGCCGGAUCGUCGACAGCUUCAGGUCGACCCUGAGGCGGCGGGAAGGGAACACGAGGGCCAUCAUCCUCGUCCUGAUCUUCACCAGCCUCCUCAGAAGGGUCACGCGCUCACCGUUCGUGUUUGCUUUCACGCGCCACGCUUUAGGCUGGGAGGCCGUCGACUACAGCCUCUGGGUCACCUACAAGAACGUCAUAGUAACCGCAGGAUCUUUAGUGGCUGUGCCCCUGCUGAGUGGACGCCUAGGAGUGUCUGACAACGCGCUGGCGAUGGUUGGAGCCACGUCGGGCGUCCUCGAAUACGUGGCUUAUGGCUGUGUGUCUACCUCCCACGCUCUCCUUAUCUGGAUUGGAAACGAGUACCCAGAGGCCAGAUCAAAUCAAAAAACCCUCAAAAUAUUAUAUCAACAUCUACGCCCAAACCCAAAUAUUGAAGUGUAA